AUGAUAAACAUCUAUAUCUUUUCCAUAGGAGCUGCUCUUAUGGUUUCCUGUGGAUUUGCAGGACCUUAUCUAUAUGAGUCCUAUAAAGAUGAUUUUGAUGUUAAUACAUGGAGAACUUGGGUCAAACUUUUUUUAUUUAUCAUCACUUUUACGAGCGGAAUUGUAUCAGGGUUGUAUUCAUGGAUAAAUCUUAGAAAUUUAUCAAUUGCUGCUGCAGCUUUGCUUAUAAUUGUUCUGUUUUGGGAUUUUUACUAUAUAAUCUUUGGAUUAUCACUAUCUUCUCUUGAGCUAAAUUCAGAUCAGACUGAUCCUUCAAUGAUAUCAGCGAAAAUAGUCUGCCUCUCACCAUCCUCACCUGAAACAUAUCAAUCUUUUCUCUAUAUUUCAAGUCUUUUCUUUAUAUUGACUUCAUCAGUAAUUUAUAGUUUAGACACUUGCUUUAGAUUUUUUCAUAAGAAGGCUUCUCAGAUUUAAAUUAUACUACUUAUAUUGACUUUUAAAUUGUGUUAUGCCCUAAAUAUGGCUGCAUUUUAUAAGGAAUCGCUUUCACGCGCCAAAUUUAAAAUAAUAGAGAAUAAUUGAUGAAGAAGUUAGAAUUCCCGAAGUGGAUUCAAAGUCAGUAAAUGAAUCAAAAAUUCAGCCCCUUGAUAAGACUGAUACAGAUAAUUUUGUAGCUCUGCCAAUAUCAACUGUAAAUAGAAACAAUGAAAAUGAAGAUCUUUUCAAAAAGGUUAAUCAAGAUAAAAAUGAAAGUCUUUUUAAUAGUGUUUUAAAAAAGGAUCAUAAAAAUGAGCGGAAAAGUGAAGAAUUUUUCCUAAAAGGAAAAGAUAAUGAAAAUAAUAGAAAUCCAGAUAAUGCUGGAGAAAAUCCAAUUUUAAGCCCUGGAAGAGGCAGAGGAAGAGGAAGAGGGCGGGGAAGAGGCCGUGGAGCUUAA